AUCGCUGCAAGAAAGUUCACGGCAUUACGGCAAUACGGAAAAGCGGUCCAGUUCUGUGCUCAAAACAACGAUACCGAGGCUCUUAAUAGAGUAGUUGGUGCUCUACUUAACGAAUACCUCGUCAACGGUUUGUAUGCUCAUCGUCUUGUAGUCGAGUGUCUCACAAUGACCCCAGGGCACCGCGAGUUCAUUCUUCUGGUGGACCAAAUACCUACCGAACUCAUGUAUCCAACCGAGAAUCUUCCAAAUGACCGUCAAAUCUUUUGCAUCCGACUGGCGUUCACUGUUGCAUAUGCAGAAUUCCAUUUCGCCGUCUCUUCGAACAAUAAAGAGGCGAGAGUAGGAGAAGAGCUAGAGGAACUCUUAGAAGAAUCAGGCCCGCAAGCACCGAAAACUUGGUGGGGGCUGAUACUAGUUGAUCUGGGUGACUUCUUGGCACGUGAGUUCACAGUUAGUUCCGCUUGCGAGCAAUAUAGUGACCCUGGUUUAGAAGAUGAAGCUAAAAUCUCGUCGAAACAUAUGGCAUUGGCACUUGCUCGUCUAGAGGAAAUAUUUAUCAGGUCGAAGCACGGCGCUGGAUCUGACUAUCUCUGGGCCCUGAUGCGACGCUAUAACAUGAAGACAGAAGCUGAAGCGUUGCAACGAUUGGAGCGUGUCCGCUUUACAAUGAUUCAUUCGGCAGCGACCUCUAUGAUCAGUGAAGUCGGUGGUACAGGAAGCAUCAUGGAAAAUUAA